GCGCCAUAUUUAUUUAAAUGUCAUUACGGAUUGUCAAUUUCGCGUUGAAUGGGCCGUGUAAAAGAAAAUAAACUUUUUGUUUUUUAUCAUUUAGAUUCCAAAAACCUUCAAGAAGUAUACAUGAAAAUUGAACGUUCAUCAUGUUAAAUCAAGACGGCAUAAUAAAAAUGCAUAAGUGUUACAGAAAAAAGUGAUAAACAACAGUGUUGCAGAUCAAAGAUAAUGCCGAUGCCGACAAGAUGAAGUUUUUAUCGGUGUUAUUAAUGAUUACGAGUUGUGGCGUGUGUAUGAUAGGCGCGCAGAAUGAUAACUGCACCAGGACUAACAACCGCGGCGACUACAAAGUGUGUAUACGGAAACUAUCUGAAACGUUAUCGAGCAGAUUUAAUGAGUUGGUGGUUAAGGAAUUAGGGAGUGAAUACCCUGCUCAUUAUGAGAUACGCAAUGCUUACAAAGUGAGCCGCCAUCACACCACCGACCAUGAGUUACUGCUCAACAUCGCCUACCAGAUCAGCUACAAGCUCUCUUCUGCCAAGAACAUCCUGCGCGAUAUGAAUAAUGUCAUAAACAAUAACAACACUCCGUCCUUCACGCACCCAUGCCCAUUCAAUUCUAUCCGUAAGUCAGUAUUUAUUAAAAGCCCUAAUGUAUACGAAGAUUUGCCUUCCCAAGACCCAAAAUUGAAAAUGUUGGAUCGAUUUAAAGAUAUUAAAGUAAAGAGACAAUACUUCCUGUCGCACAUGGAUUAUGCCACUGACAAAGAUUGUGCAGCCAUGCCACAUUCCAAUUUAAGAUAUUUAUAUCACAAAGUUGUGCAUCCUGAGCCAAAACUAGUAGUAUUUAUAAUUGACAAUAAUAUGAAGGCAGAUUCUUUGCAACAUGCUGUAAAUGUUGCAAAGGAGACAGCAUAUGCUUUACAAAGCACUGAUGUGAUUGCUCUCAAAAUGACAAACAUGUCUGAUUUUCUUAAAUUUGAAGACACAUGCAGUGUUGAUGGAAUUUCAGACUUGGGCAAUGCCACAGACAACAAUAAGCUCCUACUGAGGGAAUAUUUGUCAAGCUUAGACAUUGCACCUACUAGUGUAUCACCUCUUUCUAUAAACAAAGAAUUGAAAAAUUUACUUCUACAAAAACCAUUACCGAAGCAUAAAUUAUUUAUUUUUAUGACUGAUACAAAAGUUUUAAAGAAUGAAACAUGGCUCAAGAUGUUUCCAUACUCAGCCAAGAAAGAUGAUAACAUGAACUUUGCUAUCGGAUUGAUAUAUGAGAACCAAGUGGACAGAAAUAGCUCAUUAGGUAUAUUGCAUAUCGACAAAUGGCACACACAUUCAAACAAUCAUUCUGUUAUGAGAUUACAUAUCAAUGACAGUGGUGUGGUUGGACAAGUAGCUUCUGCAUUUAUUUCUUUACUCCCAGGAAAAUAUGACAGCAAUGAGAUUAGAAUAGAAGGCCCAAUAUGGGAGGCGACAGAAAGAGAUUUUAUGGUAUCAUUAGUCCUACCAAUCUCAACUGGUGUACUUGGUUUGGAUUUAUACUGGUCAGAUCUUGCAGAAGAUAUCAUUUACUUUAAGGGUAGUCAGAAGAAGAGAGCAUUUGUCAUGGAUUUCUCUGGGAAAGUACUCAUGCACACAUUCUUUCCGAGGCCAGAGUCGGCCACAGAAAAAAUCAAAUUUACGAAUUUGGAAAGUGUCGAAAAUUUUAAAUUUAUACAUGAUCUCAAAAAGGAGAUAUUUUCAAAAAGUUCUGGAAAUCUGACAAUGUCAGACAAUUCUACUAUUUCAACUAUUUAUUCUUGGAAGUGGGUUAAAAAUUUAUACAUUGUGUGCAUAGCAUCAGAAAUAAAAGAAGACAAUUUAUUUAAUAACAGUAACGUAUAUUUUGCAAGAAGUAGCAAAGAGAUAUUAUUUCACAGAUUAGAUUUAUUUCCUCCAAAAACUGGUAAAAUUUGCAGACAUUUCAGACAAAUAGCCACCAUAGAUCAAGGUACUGUGUACUUGAGCCCCUCCAGUUUCCAGUCUCCAUUUACAUAUCUAUAUGACAUGGGAGAUGGACAAGAAGCAGUCACAUAUAUGCAAAAUUAUUUGGCUUAUUUAAAAAGUGUCGCUCAUGGAUUGCUGUCUAAUCCAGGCUUAAAAAAUGAGAUCCAACAAGAUGUUGGUUUCCUGAACUCAAUAUUAUCAUUCUACAAGAGACAACACCUGCAUGGGCCGUAUGCAAAAUAUAUUGUCAGAAGAUACGCAGUUACAGAAAGUGGAGUGCUGGUGAUGUUUCCAGGGACUGUGCUAGAAUAUGACUAUGAACCAGUGAGGAGACCUUGGUAUACUUAUGCUUUAGAAAAUCCAGGUAAAAUUAUUCUGACACCACCAAAUCUAGAUGUUGGUGGUGCAGGUUAUGUUGUUUCUAUAUCAUAUGCUGUAAAAAGUUCCUUUUACCCAACAAUGGUUGUGUCCAUGGAUGUGACCAUGGGGUUCCUGUAUAAACUACUCAUUGACAAUAUGCCUUACUGUGCCAAACCAUACGUCAAAUGUUUUAUUAUGAAUAAUAGAGGCUACUUAGUAUCCCAUCCAGGUUUGAUGGAUCCAAACAGUUCUGGACCCAUUGAACAACAACAUAUCACUCAUAAAGAAUCCAUGAUUGCCAUCGACAUGUUAAACCACAAAGGUUUCGUCACAAAGAGGUUGUGUAAUAAUUUUUACGAUAAGACAAUUCAACGAUUUUACGAAUUUAACACUUCACUCCCUAAUGUGCUCUCUAAUGUAGUUUCGGGUGAUCAUUGUGUUCAUUAUUACAUAGCAGCUAUCCCUGGCACCAAUGCUUUUAUCGGACUCGUGAACGCGUCGUGCAGUGUAGGAGCCUUCUGCCCCUGCAGCAUGGUUGAUAGAUUGUGCCUCAACUGCAACCGAAUGGAACAAACUGAAUGUGAAUGUCCUUGCGAAUGUAGUUCGGAAUUGUACGAGUGUCCCAACUCAAAUGUAUCUCGAUUCAACCAGAACAUACCGUUGUGUGGCAUGAUGUUGGAGAACAAUAAUCACAAGUCACAUUACUUCCACAAUUUUGCUGAGAAUUUGAAAACAUGUUUCGAUUUUCAAUGCGAAAGUUAUUUGACGCAUUCAUCGUGUUUAGGAGUUUUGGGUUGCGAGUGGUGUCAGAUAGACGCCGACGGUCGAACGCCUCUCUCAGCUCCAUUUUGUACUUCUCAAUCGACUUGUUUUAAUGGCGUUUUAGGAGCCGUCACACCUUACGGAGAAGGGACUUUUGGUCACAUUAAUCGAGACGCGCUAGGUAAUUAUUCAGCGAUAGGACCGAUCGCAGGAUGUAUAGUCACAGUCAGUUUGAUCAUAGCUGUAGCCAUAUACUGCUACAGGCAAAAUGUUACCUCGGCCAGUUGUCAUAAUCUAUAUGUCGAUGGGCCUGCUGAAACUUGGCAUGAUGCUGAUGUCCAAAUGAGUCAUUUACAAUCUGACGACAUGCAUGAUCAGUCUGGUCAAGAUAAGCUAUUGCCAGCAAUGGAGAUAGAAGCUCCUAUUUCGCCGUACAGAGUAGUGACAGGGUACAGACGUGCUCACACCGCAGGCGGUUCAGACCACGGUUACUCCACAAUGACACCCCACGAAGACUCCGAGGCUACAGGCUUCUCGGUAAACGAUCCCAUAAUACUAUCAGACGAUACGAAAUCAGAUGUGAGUUGUCCUCUACCAGCUAAAAUUAAACCAAGGUUAAAAGCGAUGGGUGAUUUGAACGUAACUGUAUUGCCUUGUGGCAAGAAUAGUAUUAUAGCUCCUGUGACUGUCCACAGGCAUAUGGAAGCCUCUUAAUAACUUAUUGCAUAGAACAAAUCUACCUCUUGUGUAUAUAAAUUAUGUAAUUUUGUGAUACAAUUUUUAUUGACUAUUUUUGUUGUACUUAUUAGAUAUCCAGUAAUCGCAUAAAGAUUGAAAAAUAAUUUUUUACUUAACUAUUUGGUGCUUUUCUGCAUUUCUACGUUUUUUGUAGUGUUGCUACCUGCUUUAUUCUUUCUAUAGGAUAAAGUUAAUGUGUUCAUUUUACAUUUGUUUUUAAUAUAAACUAAUCUUUGCUUUGAAUACUGGAUGCUGUGAGUUGUGAGUGUAAUACAUACAAUACUUUUUUGUUAAAAUCAAUAAUUCGUUGUUUUAAUUAUAUGAAUGAAUGUAAAAAUGUAAAAUCUAUGCUUUGUGUAAGAUAAUAACGCCCCAGCAUUUAAAAUUGAGAAUUGUUUUUACACUUUGGGCAUUUUUGUAACAAAUAUAACAUGCGCAUGUUUUAUAUGCAUUUCCAUUCCAUCCUAGCGAUCGCAUGUAAUAUAUUCCAUAGCUGCCCCAAAUGCGGGUGUGUACACUCAAUACACCUAUGUUUGCAAGAUAGCAGACGCGCUCGCAAAUACAGAAAUUACAAAACAUGUGCUUGUAACCGUCUGUGAGUAGCUAACUUCGACCUUACCUUAUAAGCGCUACAAAUGUGCCCAAGUGUACAGUAAAUUGUAAUUUGUAAUAAACUGAAAUAAGCCUAAAUGUCAAUAACAUUAUACGUGAUUACAUAUGAAAAUGCUUUACAAUAAGUAACAUACUUAAACAUAUUUUAUAUCUACUUAAAAAAAUGAUUAGCAUGUCAUAAAAAUGACUCUAGUACUUAAUCACCAAUAAAAUUUUUAUCCAAUUAACUUCAGGACUUGUCCUAGAAUUGGUAUUUUAAAAUUUUGUCCAGUAUUAAUGAAUAUAAUGUUAACUUUAUUGUUAAAAAAUACAAAAUGAUGUUCCACUAAUUUUGUAUGACAAACAUGGUAAUCUUAAUGUAAAGUGUAAGGCGAGAAAGUCGUGGCAAGCAGGUGUUUCUACUAAUAUACAAUUUUAUAUGUUGUCUAUAUGUACUUAGCGUGUAAGGUGAAAUAUAAUUUUUUGAUAAAAUGUGCCAGUGCCUAUUGUACUUGUAAGUUAUCUAUAAGCUUAUUUUUAAGACUGAAAUCGAUGUUGGCAGUUACUUGACAUAAUACAUUUUCUUUUAUAAAAA